AUGAGCUUUUCUGAGGGAUCAACUCAGUUGAACGGGACGGGAACGGCCCCGACCGAAACACCAAUGGACUACGUCAAAGAACCGCUGGGACUUCGAAUUGUUCGUCUUACGGUUUACGUGAUUAUAUUCCUGUUAGCUACGUUUGGAAAUGCUCUUGUUAUUUUCGUGGUGUACAAAACACGAGAAUUGCAUAGCGGUAAGUAGUUUUUAUCUUUCCGCGUUUGCUUUUUCGAGCCGAAAAGCUUUUAAGAGGAUUACCAAGCGAAUAAACUUUCACCCAUACGACACAACACGGCUUCUAGAACCUUAUUCUAGGCAGGCUACAGUUUUCAUAAGCAAAGGUAUUGAUAAUAUUGUUCAGGACUCAGUGUUUUGGCAUUGAUACUAUAAUGCAAACGUCCGCUGAGGCAAUUACUUCAAAACGACACAAAAGUGCUGAUAGCACCAACUGGGCAAAUUUAAUGCAAUACACAACGUUCAUUUCAGUUGUGGGCUGAGUUAAUCAGCUUACGUGUCUCUUGUAGCUUAUUUGCAGUUGGAUUGAUUUAUAUUCAACACAUUGAAACGAACGUAUGACAAUAACAAUCGGCAAUCUAAAAGGUUGUUGUGCAGGAUGAAUUAUCUACGUUCUUGAGAAAGUUUACGAUGUGCUCUAUCGCUUUUAGUGAAGACAAAAGGUGUGUUCAUUUCCUGUUCAAAUGCAAACAAGAGGCAACCUCCAUUUUCUGUUCUAUGUACACAAGAAUAUUUACAUUGUUUCUUGUCCAUUAAACUGACCACGAUUGCCACUUGCAAAUUGUUCCUAACUCUUUAUAACUGCCACAAUUGCUACGCCUUGUUUUCUGCUUCUACCUCAGUAUCCCAUUUCAUUUUGUUUUUUAAUACUAGUGUGACGAGUACAAGCCGGUUGAUAUCUAGAAACGCAAAAGAAGAACACAAAAUUGUGAAACAAAAGAGGGUAACAAAGGCCACGGCAAAAAUAAUUGGAUUAACAUUCUUGUAUCAAAGACGUUUGCGAGCCCGGAACUGUACAACGCAACGCUUUAGUUAUUUAGCGUUAGACACCGAUUUCAUCAUCUCGCGCGCGCCCGCCCGGGUUUUUGCUGCUUGAAGGUUCAAUUGUCUAUCGCCCUUUUCCCACAUUGUUUAAUGACAUUCUAUGGAAAAAAAAUCUCCUUUAAAAAUUUCUGGGCUCCUUUUAGGAAGAUCCUUGAAGAGUUUUCCGGUUUUUCCGCAGAUAGGAAUUCCAGUGGCGUUCCUUCUUGAAGUUGUCCAUAUAAUACAUCAUAUUAUAAUGAACUUAAGCGUCGCUGUAUUUUUUUUUUUGUAGAAUUUAAUACAAAGUAGCUGACCUUUUAGGCCAGUUUACAAGUAUCCGGAUAUUUUCAGAAAAAGGGGAUUUGUUUCUCCGUUUUCAUAGAAAUACACGUCCACGAAUCUCUUUCCCCUGUCCACACGAAGACACCGAUGUAAAAGAGCAUCCCUUAAAGGGAAUGCGCACUGCUUGUGAUAUGGUGUAUGACAUCAUGGUUUGAAAUUCUCCGUUUUACUUCGUCAAUACAUAAGUGCAGUUAGUCGUUGUUUUCAAAAUCUCAACUCUGUGGACCGUUUUCGAAACCUGUAUUUGUGGUGCCCGAAAACGUCGUUAAUGUGUGGACGGAAAGCUGAAACAGAAAAAAAGAAAAAAUUUCGUUUUCGAAAAUAGACAGGUAAAGGGCGUCGGGACCUAGACAUAACAUUGCUAUCUAAGCUCUUCAAUAAUAUUAAUGAAGCUGUUUUGGUAUCGUUUCCUAAUCCCAGUUCUUUGAUUUCAUAAGGUGUUACUUCACAUUUUCAUUCAUCGCCAAAAAUCACUUAUGAUCUUGUUAUGACACGAGAUAUCUCUGUUAUUUUACGAGACAGGGAAACUGACCACUAAACUAAUUUUAUAGAAGGUUUUUUCUACUGAAACCGAAUACAUAACAAUUCCUUCAAAAUUCUUGUGGGUGUCAAAGUACCCACAACUACUUAAAAGACGUGAGUGGAAAUGGACCUCUGCGUUAAACUGCUUUGUUUUUCAUCUCACCGUUUUCGGAAAUUCAUAAAACAUGUGUAUUGACUUGACCACCAGUGUAGGCAUUAUGGUUUACACAGUAACCGGGUUCGACAUCAUCUUUACCACACCUUGAGCCAGACGACAACCAUUAAAUACCGAAUCCCCGGACUUUUAACACACACAUUAGGUGGAAGGCAACAAGUAGCACGCGAUACAGUGAAUAAUAUUGUUGGUAAAAAUAUUAAAUGCCAGAGGCAUUUAUCAUUGCUAGUUGUUAUUGAUUGACGUAAGCAUUCAGUUAUGAUGAUAACUAAAGAAAUUUUAGUUGUAAAAUCCGGCGAGGAAAUUUAACUCCUCCAUAUAAACUGAGACCUGCAUUUGAUUCCUGAGGUUUAUGUUAUAAAGAUUUUAUGAUUACGGUCGUGUGUCAGUACUGCGACAUGCAGUGUGACAUCAAUGGUAUAAUGAUCUCAAGAGUACAGUAGGCUUUAUUUCCGCCUGUUCGCAGGCUACGCCUAGUUGGGCUCUAGUUAAAUCGAAAAACAGCUGUAAGUAACAUUUAGUACAAAGCAAGUAGCAUACCAUCUCGAAUUUUGUGAUCUAAUUGGGUGACAUACUCAUUUGACUUUUGUAGCGAGCCGGUGUUUUGAACGAAAACAAAUACAACGUCUUCAACAAAUCGUUUUUUGCGAUGUUUUUCGGGAAGAAGAAGUAGAUAAGCUAAUGACUAUUCAUAGAAUAGUUGGACUCGCAGUCUAUCUCUCCCAAUAUAUUUUCUAAUUGCGUUGGAAGUUAUACUCAAGUAUCGCUCGAGGUACGUGGGCAUAGUCAGUUUCACAAAUCCUGCUUUACUCUCUUAAUUUACUAUCUUAAAAGCACAUUAAUCUUUUCUACAACCAUUCAUAGCCUCCUUUUUUCUUCGACAAUCGAGUUUGGUCGUCAUUUCCUAAUAGCCAAAAAUCGGAAAAACCAAGCAGUUUAGAACGACAUAACAUUCAAAAUAAUUGAGAAAAAGGAAGAAACCAAUUGAGUGACCUUCCUUCAGUUUACCUUCACUGUGACUAUUUAUUCAUUUUAAAGGCAUGAUCAGUUAAUCAGUAACGUGCUAGGAUAAUUAGUUAUCCAGUACAUGCCAUCUCAUGGGAAACUUUGCAAAUCCUAUGCAUGAUAUCAAAGCGAAGAAUCACCUGGCAGCUCAGACGCGUGCGAUGGCACCUAAAAUCGUUGCAAGGACGGGGAAGUCAUGAGUGGCGGAGCUCGUAUGGGGAAGGUUGAAUUAACUUCAGAAAGACAUUUCUUAAAGAUCCCACGAGAGCUUCACUUUUGCCUUGGCUUAAUCUAUUUAUUGCUGUCAUAUAUUUUAUUCUCACAGAUCUGUAGUCUAACCGUGUAGAAUUAUCUCCAGCUCUGCCUCCGAAACGGUUGAAACAAAGACAACGGAAACAAUAACAAAAACCAAAAACAAACAAACAACAAAAACAAACUAACCAAAAAUACAGUCGUCUUACUUCACGGUACAAUUGUCAUUUUCAUUGUUUGAAGUUUUAUACGUCAUCGUUAUGCUACUGAGUUUUGAAAAUGUAAUCUUCUGCCCACUGGCACUUCCACUAAAAGUACUAUGUUAGUGGUGUUAUAGUUUUUGUACCGCUACGGUACUCAAGGAACGCAAAUGCAUACUUAUGGGUGGAUGAUUUACUUUUUUUCAGUAACGGGUUAUCUGAUUGCAAAUCUGGCUGUUGCUGAUCUUGGUGUUGGACUGUUAUGUAUACCAUUUACAGUUGUCUAUUUUGAACUUAAUUUCUAUUGGCCCUUUGGGUCAGUGAUGUGCAAAGUUCUUCCUGCCUUAAUGCCAUGUUUUGUUAUGGGAUCUGUGGGAACUAUGUUGGCCAUUUCAAUAGGUAAGGUGUCAAUUAUUACUUGCAGUAGGUACCAGGAGCCAACAGGCUCCUGCCAAUACCGCAAAUGACCCCCGACCGUGAUGAUUUCAUGCUGCAAAUGAUUGUGUUUCACUAAUUGAACAAAGUCUUUAAUGUAGUUUUACAAUUGUAACAUUUAUUUAUGAAGCAAAAUGUUAUAAUAAACUUGACACGAUGUUCCAGUAAUUUGAGUCCAAGCCAGUCUGAUUUUCCUCGUGGGAUCAUUUUGCGGUUGACAAUGGGAAUCAUUUGCAGUCCAUUUUGGGGACCAUCUGCGGUCGGGGGGGAUCAUUUGCGAUACUCGAAGUGUACCAACCACUUGAUCUGUGUAUCUUUUGUGUUUGCGGAGCCUCCGCGUAUGAGGAGCACCUCCCGGUUAUUUACAUCAGUCAUAUUCUGGUCUGAUUUUUCCUACAGACCGCCAUCAAUCCAUUGUGUAUCCAUUCGGGCGGCGCAUUACAAGAUCUCAAGGAAAGCUUAUCAUGAUACUGAUAUGGCUGACUGCUCUUUUACCAGCGUUUCCAAUGCUGGGAGUCAUGGAGGUCCAACUCGCUAAAGAUUGGGUCAGCUGCGGGGAAUUUUGGCCACCAACUUCUGGCUUAUCGUACCAAAAAAUAUACUUGUUGUGCAGUUUUGCCUUAACUUACGCUAUCCCACUGCCGAUUAUGAUUCUCAUCUACAUACGGAUUGGACUUAAGUUGCGUCUAGCGAUCAAAGAAGCUGCUGAUAGACCAGGGUUCACACAGGCUCAAGCCACAAAGAGGAUCAUCAAAAUGUUGUCAGCAGUAGUUAUUUGCUAUGCAUUGUGCUUCCUUCCCUUCCAUACUUUAUACUUUAUGAUGGACUUUGGAGGAUACAUAUCCAGGUAAACACUUUAUAUUUUAAAUAAGCCUAUCGAUUACUAGAGAAAUAGAAAAGUUGAGCCGGGAAAGAGGGUCAUCCUCAGAGCCGAGUGAACUUUAGCGAGCGUUUAUAGUGUUUUGCACGGUACUGUAUGGGAUAAAGUCGACCCAUUGGCCCGAGCCAAGGGCUGACAACAGCGUUUGUGCAUGCUGUGAUUGUCUCGCCUUGACCGAGUUGACCCGGCUGAGCGAGCCACAGUGUCUACAUGGAGGAGGGUGACCCUGCCAUCGAAAACGGGUGAGUCUAGCCGAGCCAACUUUUUGUCAUGUGAAUGGACUGGCAAGUUUUGACUCGCCCAGGGUAGCUUGGGUGGGCGAGUGACACUUCUACUCGGGACAAGUUUUCUUCACAUAAACAGGGCCUUAGUCAACUUUCCUGGAAUUCAGUUUGUUACCAGUAUAUCCGAUUCAGCAGGUCGAUGUCACGUGUGAUAGAAUCCGAGCAUAUAUAUAUAUUUAUUUCGAAACGGUAGUCAGCAUUUACCAGCGUCAAACGUUUGUUCUGUUUUAAAUUGUAAAUUUAAAGGUGUGCUUUACAACUAACAAAAUUAUUGUGCGACCUGGCAGGGGUUUUCUUUUUGGCUUGCUUUUCUUUUCUUUUAUUGCGCAUGAAAUGAUCACACCUCCGCUGGCCGUUUAGCAUGUCUUAUCCUAACAUUUCUUGCCUUCACACCUGUCAAAUGAUUUCUGGAUAGAGGACGUUCUAGGGAAAUGGAAAUCUAGCAAACCAUGUAGCUUCACCGAUCUGUGAGUUAUCUCUCCGAUUGGUCAAGAAACGUCUUAAACAAUCUAUAACAAAUUGGCUCAACAAUCGCAGUCAUGCUUGGCAAUGUCAGUUUAGAAUAGCCAAUAACUUAAUAUGGGAUAAUAAUAUUCCAGUAUUGUUCGGCAGGUGAUGAACGUAAUGGCGUAAUGGCAGGGUCGUUACUGAGUAGUUGCUAUUUCAAUAGCCGUCUAGCUUGCAUUGAAGUCUUUUGCUUCUUUCUAUCUCUCGCAGGUUCAAUCCAAUACUGCAAAGCUUCUCUCAGCUCCUAAUGUUCUCAAACAGUGCUUCCAAUCCUGUGUUGUAUGCUUUCAUGGGAGACCAGUUUAGAAUUAGUUUAAAAAAAACAGUCGCCUCUACCAGGAGGAGUUUUAGGUCAACCAUUAAUGGCUGGUCAUUAACCACCACAAAUCGAACCUCAAAUGAUUAGUCUGUUAAAUGCUUUCAUGACCUGUAAUUAUUAACUGUAGAAAUUUAUUUAACCUGUAAAGAAGAGUGUAAGUAGUUUAAAUGCUGAAUAAAUAAAAUUAAAGCUUUUUUAAAAGCUUCUUCCACGUGACUUUUCAUCUAAUUAUUACCCUGACUCGUGACCCUUGUUUCAGGUAUUGGGGGUUAUCAUAAUAGUUUCUUUAGCCCUUAACAAGAUGCUCUGUGUGAUUUUAUUGCCCGCUUUAAAAAAUCUUUAAAGGAGCCUGUAAAAAAUGCUAAUUGAAGUAAAUGCUUUCGCUGCUCUUACCUUUUCUCUAGGCGCUAUGCCACGAGGGCUUCUUUUUCGCUGAACUAUUUUCGUAUCGCAUAAAAAGACACUACAACUGCCGAUUUCUGUUUUCCUCUACUAGGUCAUCCCAGGAGUCCCUUUUUUCCCUUCUUUUCUUUCUUUGCCCGGUCCCCCCAGUCUAAACGCCUGGAACAGGCAAUUUGAGAAAGCGCAGUUUCACUGAGGUUCUCUUAGGUCAUAUCUUCAGUCGCGUGCUAUAUCACGAGUUGCUGGUUUAUCAGGAUAUUUCAUUUUACGACAGUAUAUCUCUUAAGAACGCCACGAGCAUAGACGUACUGGUAAUGAAUAAUAAUUAUCUUUAAGGUUAUCUGGUACCGUAUUGUUUUGUUUGUUCUAUUAUUUAAUUAUUUAUUUUUAUUUAUUUUCUUAUUAUUUUCCUAAAUUUCAUUUAUUUUGCUCUUUAUUUUUCGUGUGUCAUAACCCUAUAGAAGGUAUUUGAUCAUUGUAACGGCUCAACUCGUUUAGUUUUUGCUAUUCUCAGUAGGUACUUUUUGCCUGAUUAAGGUGGCCCGAACCUUUUUAUAUGCGUCUUGGUUUUGUUUUUUGAAUCGCGUUUUCAGUCAGCAGGAACGAUUUAACCGAUUUUUAUGGUUCUUAGCAUCCGUAGUAAAGAACGAUGGAAAUUUAAGGAAAUGUUAUUUAUUUUCUUUAUUUUCUUUCGGUAUAAAAAGUUUUCGAGAUAUCGGCAUAUUUUAAGAUCUGCACUUUUACAAAAGAUGUAAAUAACCUCGAAACUCCUUGACGACAGAUUUUUCCCUAGCUGCAGCAGAUAAGCCUUAGAGCUCUCUACUUUUAUGUAUCUGCAAGUUUGCAUGAAGUCAAUCGAGACCAUACAACUCGCUGCACAAAAUGCUGGUGAAAUUUAACCUUAAAAUGCUACGCUAACACAUUUGUGAAAGUUGAGAGAAAGACUGCCGACGGAUUAUCUCCUAUCUGAAAGGGUAUUCUUACUUUAACUUUUUUGUUUAUUCUUGUAUUUGGUAAUUUAUUCAAGCUUUUUAGACUUGUCAACACACUCGCAAGGGAAGUUUGCUACUUGGGGAUAAAGAUGAAGAAAAAUAUGACAAGUCAUCUUCUUCUCAUUAUCCCCAACUGCAAACUUUGUAAAAUUAUGAUCAGCAUUUUAACCAAGGAGUCUGACUUUGAGAUUGCAAAUUCAUGUACGAGAAAAUACGCGAUUUAGUUUGACUUUGAAAAUGCAAAUUUACGUUACAAGAAAAUAUUAAAUUUAUCAACUUUUUAAUUAAUUUAUUUUUUAAAACGAUACAGAACUUGUUACAGACAAAACACAACUUAUACAUUCUGACGAGUUUUGUUAGGCUAACCAUAAUAUAUACAGUUGAGAAUAAAUACAAUGUAUUAUUUAAGGACCAAACCCAAGUUAUUUAAUUUUUCUGGUAGUCAAUAACUUUAUUUCCUUCGUAGAAGGUACGAACCUUAUUAACAACCUACUUUAUUGCCAAUAGCUACUCCAUCAUAGGCUUAAAAAAAGUGUAGGUUCUUACACGCUAGUUUUCAGCUUAUGGUUAAUUUUAACAGAGGAUUGACAUUUAUAGCUACUAUAAGCGACUGUAAAAAACCCCAAAACCUUUUUUGCUAUGCUAUGGAUUACAAGGUUAAUUUUAAAAUUUUGCUAAUAUCAUUAUAAUUAAAUUUUUUCUCCUUACGUUAUUUUUUCCAUAGGUACAUGUACAUCUUGCAGUCUUACUUUCAAUUGUUGAUGUUCAUCAACAGUGCAACCAACCCGGUUCUCUAUGCUUUCCUUGGCGAUCAGUUCAAAAAAGGAUUCAAAAGGGCUGUAGGCAAAGGGAGCCGCGGAGGAUUCAGCCCAAAUACACAAAGAACUCUGAGCUCUCGAGUUUCAACGCUUUAGUAAUUUUGAAGGGUUCACUUGGCAAUUGAUUUUACAACAGUGGAUGUCAUUCCCCUGUGGGGGGCACUCCCUCAUUUAGCUUGAUGGAUAUGUUCCUGUAAACAUAGCGGCCUGUGAAUAGGCCACGCUCCGCUUGCCGUCCCCCGAUUUUCCUUUUCGCCCCGCUCCACUUGGGAGCCUUUUUGCAGGCUACUCUAAACAGGGUAUGGUGUCAGGGUCUUGAGUCUACCAUAUUUUAAUUACUUAGCGUCUUGAACAGGGUGCCUUUUUGGACCGGAGGCCUUUUAAAAGAGUGUGAAGCUUGGCGAUGAGCGGUCUACUUUUGUGCUACCCACAAUUUGUUUUCAAAAAAAUCCUAUUCCGUGAUGCUCGUG